AACGACUUGUCUAUAGUCUGGAACUCAUUGGUAAACACUCCAGAAUGACAGAACGCGAAAGAGCUUACACGUUUGGGCACAACUUGCUGACGGAUGAAAACAUUACAGCUUUGGCAUCGCACGCCCACUCUUGGGCCGUCAUUAUGGCUUUUGAUAACAAGCCGGAAGUGCCCCCGAACCAGCCGCUGUUCCGCCAGCAAGACCUGAUCAACCUGUUUCAACAGGGCAAGCUCUCCCGCUGCACGCUGCUAGCGGGCUUCAACACCAAGCGCCCGCCGAACCGCCCCAUCUCCGCCUGCUUCUACCGCACCCUAGACUUCCUCCUGCAACACCUGGCGGCCGGGAACUCCUACCGCCCCAUCACAGACAAGGAGGAGGCCAAGGGCUACCCGCCCGCCGGCUGGCUGCGCCCCUGCACUGUGGCGGCUGCGGACGACGCGCCCGGCGCCCUGGCUGCCGCCACCGCCGGCGCCACGGCCGCGCAGCUGGAGGCCUGCCCCGCCAACAGCCCCUUGCGCUUCUUCUUCGCCGCCAGAUCCUGGUGCUACAUCAACUCGUUCCGAACGACCACCUCCUCCAUGGUCGCCAUCAUCGGCGUGUCGCCUGAGGAGAUGUACCAGCGCUACAUGGACGGCGAGUUCAGCGAGUACACCCCGCUGCUGGGCCUGACGGACCCGGCCCCCCCGAGCAACACGUGGGUGCCGCCCUGCGUUAUGGUGCCUCUGGCGGCCCUCACCUACAUGCACGACUACAACCGGCCCUACCUGCCCCUGGGCCUGGACGAGCUCCGCUUUAUCAAGGCUGAGGGCAUGGCCGCGCUAGGCCCCCGCAGCGACGCCCGGCCCCUGCCGCUGCCGCCCGCAGUGGCCGAACACUACACACCCGUGGUCCCCGCGACCAUCCCCGGAGCCGACGCACCCCCGCCUCCGCCUCCCGCCGCGAACGCCAACCGCGCCACCGGCCGCGCCGCCGGCCGUGCCGCCGGCGCCGGUGCUGCUGCUGCUGGCGCCGGUGCUGCUGCUGGCGUCGGUGCUGCUGCUGGCGUCGGUGCUGCUGCUGGCGCCGGCGGCGCUCGCGCCGCCUCCCCAAGCUCUAGUGCCGGCGGAGGCCCGCCUCCUCCUCCCCCUGACGACGACCCGCUCCUGAACCGUGGCAACUGGAUCAUGCCCAAGCCCUUCGACGCGCCAGCCACCUCGCCCUCUCCCACCCCAGAUGGCGCCGACAGCGCCGCCGCCGCCGCUGCCGACGACGCCAGGGCGGCGGCGGUGAUGGCGGCGCUCCCGCCCAGCCCCUUUCUGGUGGAGGAGUUUGCCAACGGCGCCCGGCCCACCUUCGAGACGCCACCGCUGCGGCUGUUCCUGGGGGAGCGCGCGCAGGCGGCGCUGUGUGUCAACUGGUGGUACCAGGAGCCGGCGGAGCAGGGCGGCGCGGUCCGGGGGCCGUACAGCCCGGAGCAGAUGAUGCUGUCGUACGUGGCGGGCUGCUGCGAGCUGCACGAGGAGACGCUGGUGUGCGGCACCGAGGCGGACCUGCGCACCCCGCCUCCCGCCGCCGCCUUCGUGCCGCUGGUGCAGCUGCUGCCCCUCAUCAACGAAGGCCAACACUACGUCCCCCUCACACGCGCCGAGCUGCUCAACCCGCUGGGUCAGCGGCUGCUGGGCGACCGCACACGCGCCACGCCGCUGCCCAUGCCCGCCGGCCCGGCGGCGGCGGCGCAGCCGCCGCCCGCCCUCACGCCCGUCGUGGUCCAGCAGGCGACGCCGGCAGCGCCGCCGCCGCAAGCGGCGCAGCCGCAACCCGUAAUGGUAGCGUCGCAGCCGCAACCCGUGCUGGUGACGUCGCAGCCGCAACCUGUGAUGGUGACGGCGCAGCCGCAACCGAUGGUGGUGAAUGCGGCGGCGGGCGUGCCGUUCCCGGGCAUACCGCACCUGAUGCGGCCCAUGCACGUGCUGCCGCACAUGGCGGCGGCGGGGCCAAUGAUGCGGCCGCGACCCGUGGGGCAGUACGUCGUACCCAGUGUGGUGUACGCGCAGCCGUACAACCCGGCGGCGGGCGGCGUCGUACAGCAGCAGCAGUACACGCAGCAGCAGCCGCUGUACACUGGCGGUACGGUGAUGAUGACGCCGGUGGUUUCGGCUCCGCCACCGCCGCCGCGUUGAGCGUUAGUGCGUGCAGCGAGCGUCCAUUGUGGUUUCAAGUGUGCGGGUUUUAACGUUGUGCAUGAUUGUUUGUGCAUGAUUGUGUACAAUCAUGCAAGGCGGGGCGACUUCCGUGCAAGCGGGCACGCUGCCACGGAUUGUGACAGCCGGGCAAUGCUGAUGAGAACUGAUGUGCCGCCGGUGACGACCUGAGCAAGGCGGGGUUUGGGGAACGCAAAGGGUCUGCAAGGGGGAUGUGGCGGGGAAUGCAAGAGGGUUGUGGCUUUAUGGGUGGGGUGGUAUGACUGGUAUCGUUCUCAAGAAUGUUUGAUGAGAGACAGGAGAACGGGGGGAGGGGAGGGGGGCCGGGACCUCAGCGUUGUUGGCUGUUGCGUGGACCGAAUGCAUACUGUUGUUGCAGUAUUGAGUUCAUGACAUUGAUCACAACCCGAGGCCUGCAGCGGCUGACGCGAGCUCGUGAUCUUGGCAGUGGGCAACUAGGUGUAUGGCAUGAACAGAAGGCCUUUAUGGGCAGCAGGAGCAUGGGCACAAUGAGCGUUUCAGUGGAGCUGCUCAAUGGCUCGAAGCAGGUGGGUACAGGAUGGGAUGUGCGGCAAUACCUCGAGCCAGGAGGGCAGUACCGAUCAGCGGCAAAGACUGAAGAGUACUGGGAACUGUGGGGUGGCGGAAAUGAAGGUAUGCGGAUUGCCGUUGCGACUUCUUGCAAUCACGCUGUAAGAGGUCCACUAG